ACAAUCUUUGUGCCAUUGGGUAUUUUGACUUUUCUUCAUUUGUUUAGCCAUUAGAUUUCUCCUCCAGCUGCUGCCCCUUGUAUACUCUCCCUCUUCUCCUUCUACACCUUCUCAGAUCUUUUGGAAUAAAUAUCCAAAAAUUAAUCUUAUUCAGCUGAGACAUUAAAUCUUGAGAGGCUAUGAAGUGUUUUACAUUCUCUCCCUGUGAAGAAAAGGAAGAAACAACAACAACUCCGACAAAAUCGUUAUCGAUCACUUCUUUAUUCACAGGAAGAUCAUGGACAGGAUUCAAUUCUCAAACCGUGUCUGACGUAAGCACAGCGUCGGCAGGCAGGACAAAUGUUUAUAGUUUUUCAAAAGGGCAAAGUAACCUUAAAGUCUUCACUUUCGCCGAACUCAAGGCGGCUACUAACGGUUUUAGUCGGUCCGCAAAGCUUGGUGAGGGUGGGUUCGGGUGUGUCUACUUCGGCUCCAUCAAGUCCCCUCAAGAUCCCGCUACAAAGAUUCAUGUGGCUGUCAAGCAGCUUGGCAGACGCGGUUUACAGGGGCAUAAAGAGUGGGUGACGGAGGUAAAUGUUCUCGGGGUGGUUGAUCACCCGAACCUUGUGAAGUUAAUCGGUUAUUGUGCGGAAGAUGAUGAAAGAGGCAUCCAACGGCUUUUAGUUUAUGAGUUUAUGCCUAAUAGAAGCGUGGAAGAUCAUUUAGCCGCUAGGGCUCAGAAACCUCUUUCGUGGGCCAUGAGACUUAAAGUGGCCCAAGACGCAGCUCGUGGCUUGACAUACCUACACGAGGAAAUGGACAUUCAGAUUAUCUUUAGAGAUUUUAAAUCUUCGAACAUUCUUCUUGACAAUCAAUGGAACGCAAAGCUUUCGGAUUUUGGAUUGGCUAGAUUAGGCCCUCAAGAAGGACUAACGCAUGUCUCCACAGCGGUUGUAGGAACCAUGGGAUACGCAGCUCCAGAGUACAUCCAAACCGGGCGACUUAGAGCCCAGAGUGAUGUGUGGAGCUACGGGGUUUUUCUAUAUGAACUUAUCACGGGUAGGCGUCCAUUGGAUCGAAACCUACCCAAGAGCGAGCAAAAGCUUCUAGAAUGGGUGAAACCGUAUCUUGAUUCAAGAAGGUUUCGGCUAAUAGUUGAUCCUAGGCUAGAAGGUAAAUACUCAAUGAAGUCGGCACAAAAGUUGUCGAUUAUAGCAAACAAGUGUUUGUCUAAGAACCCGAAAGCGAGGCCAAAGAUGAGUGAGGUGUUGGAAAUGGUUAACCAGCUCUUUGGGACCACACCAGAAGGAACCAGUCCUAGACCGCCUCCAAAGAGUCCGGUCCACGCGGUUCCUAUUGUGGAGCCCAUCGAGCCGGAGAAUGUUUUUGUGGAGCCCACCGAGGGGAAAAAGACAUCUGAGGAUACACCAAUUAAAACUAAGAGAAGGUUCAUUGAUAUCAAAUUUGGUGGGCUUUCAAGAAUUUGGCCUUCAAAGCUCUUGAAAACUUGAACUCAUGAGUAAAUGUUAGUAAAUGUCCUUCUUAUCCCUGUUGUUGUAUGCAUAAGAGUGUAGUAAAGGUUAGAGGGAAAGGGUAAAUUAGUAAAUUUAUGGGUAUAGGAGUGAGUGAGAUUGGUAAGAAAUUUCUUUAUAUGAAAUAUUUUGUAUAAUUUGUAGGCAAUGCCAAUAAGCUUUGGAUUAUUUGUCUAAGAAUAUAAAUAAGAUUUGGAUUAUUA